AUCGAGUGAAACGAAAUGCAAUCGCUGCCGAAGCGGAACUUUCUGUGGCUGCUGCUGCAGCCGCUACUGCUUGUUCUACUGCUUGCUGUGACCUUGACGAGUGCCGAGUCCCAUAAACGCGUAAAGCGCAUUGUCGGUGGCAAGCAGUCGAAAGCGCCGCCUGUCGAUGAUCCCGUGGUAUUUGCGCGUCUCUUCAAUCGGGAUGCACGCGUCGAGGGCUAUCGGAAUUCGGAUACUGGCAUCUACAGCUUCCUGGGCAUGCACUAUGCCGAGCCACCGACGGGUGACCUGAGAUAUUCCCGUCCCGUGUACCGUCGUUUGGGUGGCGACAUCAAUGCCACGCGGCAUGGUCCGCCCUGCAUUCAGCCGCAUCCACAGGCACCGCAGCGGAUCGUCGGCGAGGAGAAUUGCCUGCUGCUGAAUGUGUACACACCGCAGAUGCCGGACGAGAGCACCGGGCUGCCGGUCUUUGUGUGGAUCCAUCCGGGUGGCUAUCGCCAUGGCUCGGCGGCUCAGUACGAUGCCACGCCCAUGGCGCAGCGGGGCGCCAUUGUGGUCGCACCGCAGUACCGUCUCGGCUCGCUGGGCAUCAUGGGCGAUGGCACGAAGCAGUUUGACGGCAAUCUGGCCAUGUUCGAUCUGGCCACAGCCCUGCGCUGGGUCACCGAUUACAUCUCCUACUUUGGCGGCAAUCCCAAGCAGGUCCAAGCCAUCGGGCAUGGCUCGGGUGCGGCUAGUGCCAUGUAUUUGUCGAUGUCGCGCACGGCGCGGAGUGCGGGCGAUGUUCACGGUGUGGUGGCCAUGUCGGGCACUGCUUUGUCGCAAUAUGCCACGGACAAGGAUCCCGUGCAGAGUGUCGAGGAGGUGGCCAGGAUCAAUGGUUGUCCCACUGGCAAUGAGCUGGAAAUUGUGCAGUGUAUGAGAGCGAAAAGCGCCGAGGACAUCAUCCGCAACGAUGACAAAGUGCAAACGGAACGUCUCGCGGGUCGUGCUUUGGUCAAGGGCCUCACCGGCAGCGUAGGCUUCCAGCCACACAUCGAAAGCCCCGACGAUGGUCGUGCCCUGCCGAGUCUCAUUGUCGGAGAACCCGAGGAGCAGCUGAAGAGCAACAACUUCUCGGGCAUUCCGCUGCUGACGGGCGUGGCCAAGCACGAGACAGCCAACUCGGUGACGGUGGAGACCAUCGAGAAGGUGUUCGGCUCCGCGGAGCAGUUUCUGGGCUCUCUCAGCGAUGCGCUCAAUAAGCUAACGGGUUUCCUGAAGAUCGAUCAGAUAACGGGACAGAUCGCCAAGCCGCAGCUGCCGGGACUCACGAGUGUGCUGACGCCCACGCUGCAGGAUGUGUGGAAGGUGCCGCAGGCCCUGAACGUCGAUCAAGUGCUGUCCAAGGUGGUGGAGUCCACCACGGACGUGCUGUUCAAUCUGCCCGCUGUGCUGACCACCCAAGUGUGGUCCAAGCUGGCGCCCGCUUUCAUGUACAGCUUUGAGUAUAACGGCACCAAGUCGAAGGGCAUCAACUUUCUGCGUGGGCUGCCCAUCGUCUCGGAGACGGCGAACGAUAAGCCCGGUACAGUGGCGCAUGGCGACGAGUUGGGCUACAUGUUCGAUGCAAAUGAUAUCUUUGGCACUCCGCUGGAGGAUACGCGUCUGACCAGCGAGGAGGAUCUGCAAGUGCGUCACAAUCUCAUCGAUAUGCUUGUGCAGUUCGCCAAGCAGGGCAGUGGCGAUGGCAAGUCGGGGUCCGGUUCGUCGCUCUUCCAGAGUGUCACGGGCAAGGCCACACCCUUCAUCAAAAUCGACACGAAGCUGGAGACCUCCAAUGACUUUCGCUUCUGCGAGUUGUCCGUUCUGGGCGCUUCACUCUCUCCGCUCAGCUCCACCAGCUGCGCGGGUCUGGGCAGUCUCCUGGGACAGCUUGGCGGUGGACUUGGACAGACGAUUGGUGGUGCUGGCGAGAAGUUGGGUCUGAAUAAUGCAGGCCAGAAGUUGGGACUGGGUGGUGGUGGCGGUAGGAAGCCAGGAGGCUUGGGCUUGGGUAUUAUUUAGAAAUUAUAA